GAGAUCGUUUAUGAUCAGGAACAACGUCAGCAACGUUACCUGAAGAAGAAAACAGUUUCUGAUAUCUUCACAAUCAUCUGUUGUGGUGUUGCAUUGAUGUCUGAUGGUUACCAGAACAAUUUGAUGACAAUGCUCAAUCCAUUGUUCAAAAAAAUGUACCCAGAGGUGUAUACCAGUGCACUCAGUACCAGAGUCUCCAACUCCCUUCUUGUUGGUGAAAUUAUCGGACAAGUCAGUAUUGGUUUGACUUGUGACUACUUUGGUCGUAAGAAAGCUAUCAUUGCCACAACUGCUCUUAUCGUCGUCGGUGCUGCUUUAGCUGCUGCUGCCCAUGGUAAGACAACUCUUGGUAUGUUUUGGAUGUUCUUGGUUUGUAGAGGUGCUAUUGGUGUCGGUGUUGGUGGUGAAUAUUCUGCCUGUUCUUCUGCUUCUUCCGAAUCUGCCAAUGAAGCCUCAAAGAAGAGGGGAGGUGUUUUCGUCAUGGUUACAAACUUGCCUCUGUCACUUGGUGGUCCAAUUGCAUUGUCAAUCUUCCUCAUAGUUUUCUCCAUCUGUACUGAGAAACACUUGAAUACAACUUGGAGAGUGUGUACUGGUCUUGGUUGUGCUUGGCCUUUGAUCAUUUUCUGGUUCAGAUACAAAAUGGCAGCUUCUAUCCUUUACAAAAAGUCCAAGAUUAAAAAGAAUGUGCCAUAUUGGCUUGUGUUCAAGUACUACUGGCGUCGUCUCCUGGGAACAUGUGGAUGUUGGUUUAUCUAUGAUUUCGUUACUUUCCCUAACGGUAUCUUUUCCUCAACUAUUCUUUCUGGUGUUCUAGGAGCUGAGAAGAGUAAUCUGAAGAAGCUGGCCGAGUGGACUUUGCUUCUUUCAUGGCUUUCGAUUCCUGGUGUCCUCGUGGGUGCUGCUACAGUUGAUAAGCUUGGACGUAAGUACUCGCUGAUCAUUGGAUUCAGUGGUUAUCUGGUUAUUGGGCUUGUCAUUGGAUGCGCCUAUGACAAGUUGAGUAUUCACAACGGUGCGUUCAUCUUCUUCUUUGGUCUUUUCAACUGUUUCGGUAACUUUGGACCUGGUAACAACAUGGGUCUCACUUCUUCUGAAUGCUAUGCUACCCCUGUUCGUGGUACUCUUUAUGGUCUCUCUGCUGCUUUAGGUAAGACUGGUGCUGCAAUCGGUACUCAAGCUUUCACUAAAAUUCAUAAUAACCUGGGUGCUAAAUGGACUUUCAUCAUUUCCGCUAUCCUAGGGUCUGUUGGUGUCCUGUUGGCUGUUUUCACUAUUCCACAUUUGAAAGAUGAUGACUUGAUGAUGGAAGAUGUCAAGUUUGAGAACUACUUGAGAGACAACGGCUGGACUGGUUCUUUCGGGUUCGAAGACGACUCCACUGUUGAAGAGCAAUCCUCCGUUGAGGAUGUCAAGUAUAUCGCUGAAGAUGUUGACCAAAAGAAGUGAGAUACUAUCACCUGCC